AUGCAUCUCGUCUGCCUAGGAGUGAUGCGAAGGCUGCUUCAUAUUUGGAUAGGUGGAAAGUACGGGAGGGGAAAGCUGACAGCAGAGCAAGUACAUAUGCUAAGUGACAGAUUAAAUUUAUAUCGAAAAGACUUCCCAUCUGUGUUCGAAAGGAAGCCCAGAGGAGUCGAUGAAGUGGAAAGGUGGAAAGCUACAGAGUUCCGUACCUUUUUGCUUUAUGCUGGACCUGUGGCACUGAAGCACCUGUUGCCAGACAGACUUUACCACCACUUUCUUGUACUUCACGUUGCUGUGCGAAUACUUGCAUCACCAAGUAGUUAUCAGACAGGGAAUGAAUAUGCAAAGAAACGUUUGGUGUAUUUUGUUGAAGAUGUAGGUGAACUUUACGGCACAACACAGGUUAUCUACAAUGUUCACUCGCUGAUAUACCUUGCAGGGGACUGUCUGCGACAUGGACCAUUUGACUCAUUUAGCGCCUUCCCCUUUGAAUCCCACCUGGGGAAGCUGAAGCAAAUGUUGCGAACAACAAACAGUCCCCUGUCGCAAAUAAACAGGAGGGUCUCAGAACAGCGACAUGUUUCAUCCACCAUUGGGGAAAGGCCUGUUGAUCACAGUGUCAGGCCUGGGAUGUGCUACAUUCUCAGAAAUGGAACGAUCGCACGAGUGAAUGAUGUGCGCGCUGCAUGUGUUCAUGUGUCAGUGUUUGCAAACACAACUGAUUUUUUUGUCAACCCACUUAAAUCGUCGUCGCUAGGAAUUUUUAGGGUGGACAGCAAUGGAGAUGAAAAAAUUAUGUCACUAGAUAUAUGCAUCAGAGACAGGCAGUGCAUCGUUCUACCGUACAAAAGUAGAUAUGUCAUGUUUCCGCUUCUACACUGCACUUCGAUAUAA